AUGUUAAGAGCUACCACUAUUGCUUCCAUGAGCAGGCUGCUUGCGUCCAGGAAUAUGCUGCGAUCAACACAAAUAAUUAGUCUGGCGAGCAGGAAAUCUUUGAAAUACUACUCUACUGACAAACCACCAAGCGGCAACGAUUCAAAAACUACUGCUAACGAAGGUGCCGCCACCCAGGGUGGAUCCUCUAAAAAACCUAUCACAAAUCAAUCUACUGGUAACAAGGAUACUUCUGCCAGUAACGAGAAAGUCGCAAAUGAUCCGGUGAAAAAAAAUAGUGUUAAAACUUUUGCUUCUGCAGCCGCCGCUGCUAUUUCAUCCACUGUGGAAGGAAUUAAAUCUUCAACAAAAAAAUCUGAAGCUAAGAAUUCACAAGGCCCGGUAUCCCAUGCUCUAUUGGCUAAACAGGAACAAGAGGCAAACAACGCCGUCACUAAUCCUGAUUCACAGGCAGUUUUCUACAAACUGUUGUUGCAGUCAAACUACCCGCAAUACGUCGUGUCUAGAUUCGAAACUCCAGGGAUAGCGUCAAACCAUGAAUGUAUGGAGCUAUAUAUGGAGGCUUUACAAAGGAUAGGUAGGCAUGCCGAGGCGGAUGCGGUCAGACAGUCACUUUUGACUGCCAGUUCAGCAGGUGCUGUCAAUCCAUCUCUAGCGUCUUCCGCGUCGUUGGGAAAUAACUCCACUAACAAUAACUACCACACUAACUUCCCUACCAUGUACAACCCAAUGUUUGGUUCAAAUAAGGCUCCUAUCCAUGUCGUAGUCACAGAGUCCACGUUCACUGUUAUUUCCAGAUGGGUAAGAUGGUUACUGGUAUUCGGUAUUUUAACAUACGGUGUUUCAGAGGGUUUCAGAUACAUCACAGAAAAUACUUCCCUGUUGAAGAAUAACGAUGUUGCUGAUAAGUCUGUCGAUGUUGCAAAGACAAACGUCACUUUCGAUGAUGUAAGAGGUUGCGAUGAAGCUCGUGCCGAAUUGGAAGAAAUUGUGGAUUUCCUUAAGGACCCUGCUAAAUACGAGUCCCUAGGUGGUAAACUACCAAGUGGUGUUUUAUUAACGGGUCCUCCAGGUACGGGUAAAACUUUACUAGCGAGGGCUACUGCUGGUGAAGCCGGCGUCGAUUUUUUCUUUAUGUCAGGUUCUGAAUUUGAUGAGGUUUACGUAGGGGUAGGUGCUAAGAGAAUCCGUGAUUUGUUUUCACAAGCUAGAGCCAAAGCCCCUGCCAUCAUAUUUAUUGAUGAAUUAGAUGCAAUUGGAGGUAAACGUAAUCCAAAAGAUCAAGCAUAUGCAAAGCAAACAUUAAACCAACUGUUGGUAGAAUUGGAUGGGUUUUCACAAACUUCAGGAAUCAUCAUUAUCGGUGCUACUAAUUUCCCAGAAUCCUUAGAUAAAGCCUUGACAAGACCAGGCAGAUUUGAUAAAGUUGUCAACGUCGAUUUACCAGAUGUCCGUGGCCGUGCAGAUAUUCUUGCACAUCAUUUGAAAAAAAUCACUCUUGCUCCUAAUGUUGACGCAACUGUCAUUGCUCGUGGUACUCCCGGUCUUUCAGGUGCUGAACUUGCUAAUCUAGUCAACCAAGCCGCUGUAUAUGCUUGUCAACAGAAUGCUAUUUCUGUCGAUAUGUCACAUUUAGAAUGGGCUAAAGAUAAAAUCUUAUUAGGUGCAGAAAGAAAAACUAUGGUUUUAACUGAAGCAUCAAGAAGAGCUACCGCAUAUCAUGAAGCUGGUCAUGCCAUCAUGGCUAUGUACACUCCUUCUGCCACACCUUUAUACAAAGCUACCAUUCUUCCAAGAGGUAGAGCCUUAGGUAUUACAUUCCAACUACCUGAAAUGGAUAAGGUUGAUAUCACUAAGAAAGAAUGUUUAUCACGUUUAGAUGUUUGCAUGGGUGGUAAAAUUGCCGAAGAACUAAUUUAUGGUAAAGAAAAUACAACCAGUGGUUGCGGUUCUGAUUUACAAAGCGCUACACAAACGGCGAGAGCCAUGGUCACCCAAUAUGGUAUGUCAGAAGAUGUAGGCCCUGUUAACCUAGCAGAUAAAUGGGAAACUUGGUCAGGCAAAAUUCGUGACAUUGCCGAUAAUGAGGUUGUCGAAAUGUUAAAGUUGUCUGAGGAUAGAACAAGGAAGUUACUAAAUAGUAAAAAAGUUGAAUUAGAGAGACUGGCCAAGGGUCUAAUCGAAUAUGAAACGUUAGAUGCAAAAGAGAUCGAAAAAGUCUGCAACGGUGAACCAAUCAAUAAACUAAGAACAGCAACUAAUACCAUUAUCGAAGGUCCCGAUAGUGAUGUAAGAAAAGAACGUGGAGAAACUGACAAGAAACCACUAACGGCAUUGAUUAAAGCAUAA